AUCCAGCACCUGAAUCACAAGGAAGUGAGAAACUCUUUAUAACAUAAGGGGGAAAUAGACAACCAACAGUAAUCGUGCUCAGUAGCUGACUGCAUCAGGGGCACAUGUAGGCACUGACACCAAUAGUAAAUACAAGCUGCAAACUGGUGAGAGGGAUCAUUGCAGUCUCAAUUCUUCCUCAUCCCUAUAAAGCUGGACCGUGCAUCACAAUAAGGAAGGAUUAAACUCUCCUGGAUGUAUCUACUGAUCUCUUGAAAACUCUGAAACUGCUAGAAGUGACAAGUCAAACAACAAUGAUUCCUCCAGGAGAAUGUAUGUAUGCAGGAAGGAAACGAAGAAAACCACUACAAAAACAAAGACCCUCAGCUGGAAGUGAAAAAUCAAAUCCUUCAAAAAGACACAGAGAUCGCCUGAAUGCCGAAUUGGAUAGAUUAGCCAGUCUUCUGCCAUUUCCACCAGAAAUUAUCACAAAGUUGGAUAAACUUUCUAUUCUACGACUAAGUGUCAGCUAUCUGCGAGUGAAGAGUUUCUUCCAAGCAAUUGAGGACCAGCACUCCAAGAAGCAGCUUUGCCAGCCGGUCGGUCACGCAAUAAAAGAAGACAACCUAUCCUCUGGGACUUCCAUGCCAGAAGGAGAACUGUUACUAGAAUCAUUAAAUGGUUUUGCACUGGUUGUGAGCACAGAAGGCAUGAUAUUCUACGCUUCAGCCACAAUAUUAGACUAUCUGGGCUUCCAUCAGACUGAUGUCAUGCAUCAAAACGUGUAUGAUUAUAUUCAUGUGGACGAUAGACAGGAAUUCUGCAGACAGCUCCACUGGGCUAUGAAUCCACAGCAGAUGGUGCAUGUUCAGGAAUCGCAAACACAAACAGGAGAGGACUUCUUUCUGAGCAAACUGUACACGGCACAGGAGACAAAUUCCAGUACCUCAGAGUAUUCAUCAUUUCUAAACCGUUGUUUCAUCUGCCGCGUUCGCUGCCUAUUGGAUAGCACCUCAGGGUUUCUGACAAUGCAGUUUGAAGGGAAGCUGAAGUUCCUUUUUGGGCAAAGGAAAAAAGCAUCGUCGGGAAGUACUGUUCCGCCACAGAUGGCAUUGUUCUGUUUAGCGGUGCCACUUCUGCUUCCUCCUGUCAAUGAGAUGAAGAUGAAGAGCGUGGUCAUGAGGACACAGAAAAAACCUGGUGCGGCUUCCAACACGGAUAACACGACUAAGGCCUUUCAUGGGGUAUGUGAAGCAGAGCAACAUGAAAGGAAUGGAAACCCGGGUUCCUGCUUCCCUAAUGUACUACACAGUGCUGAAAACCAGAUUAAAUUAAUGAAUACUGGAGAUAAUGGAAUCUCUUUACUGAAAGUCAGAGCAAAUGAAGAUCAGUGGGUGUGGGUGGAAGCAAAUGCCCCUCUGUUAUAUAGAAAUGGAGGUUCAGACUACAUGGUUGUCCCACAGCAAGAUCAAAGAUGAGCACAGAUGUAAAAGCAUAGCUCCAUGCUUUGAUUAAAGGGAAGCCGAGACGCACGUAUGUGUACAGAAAAACAAGGCCACAUGAAGCAUCAUCUGGCAUGGGGGGGAAAGCAGGAGAAAGAAGAGAAGUCAAGUUUCAGCUUAACAAGGGGAAAUUUCUUUUCUACCUGAAGAGACGACCUGUUCCCCAAGCAUUACCCCCCUAUACAAAAUCAUUGCAACACAAACAGUGGAUGGGCAAUGAAAAAUUCCCCUGGAUCGUAGGUCAACCAACAGCUGAAUGGCUCAUUCUCAAAUAGGACCAGCCGUCCUUUUUACAACCUGGACCAAAACCUUUCUGGCAUGCACAUGGUUGCUCGUCACCAUCGUGGCAGCUCAGAACAAUUUUCACCCUAUCCGGCCCUGCAGACAAAUGCUAUGGACACAUACUCCGCAGAUAAUAUCAAGCUGGAAAAUGCUUUUCACAACCCAGAGGGUCUUUAUGAUUCAGGGCUGCAUUUGAACAUCCCCAUCAAAACUGAAAAUGACUCUGACUCUGAGAGUCGACCUGAACUUUACUCAGAGUCCCAUGCCCACAGUUGGCUUGGUGACAAUAAUGCACUGAAAAAACAGUUGUUAGACUUUCCUGAAGGGUUCCAUCUUAAGACUGAAACGGACUACAAUGAGCAAACAUCCUGUAUUAAACCAAAGCACCUUAUGCAUUCCCCUCAUAGAGGACAUUGUUAUGCACCAACCUCUCACAUUAACCAUAUCAAUGCAAGUAGGCCUUUUAAAGGGAUUUAUAACAAAGAGACAACCCAGUUCUGUCCUCAGAAGUGUGCCUACCUAGAAAGUAUGCUGAACCUCCAAGGUGUAGAUGGGUUAAACAACCAGUUCUAUGCAUCAAGUUCUCUAUAUGUAGACAAGAAUCAGGGUGAUCAGCCUUAUAAGGUGCAGUGUGAUUUCAAAACUCACAGCCUUCUGCAGAAUAUUAAGCGUGAGCCUCUUGAUUCACCACCUUGGCCUGAUGUUGAGCAGGAAACGGUACCAGCAAUUUACCAAAAAACACAACUUAUGGGUUUCUACCCAACAAUGCCACGCAAUGCAGCCGAGUUUGCAUACAUUCAAUAA